UUGCGGUGCUGCGUCCCGGGGAGGGGUGACAGGCUCGCUCCCCCCGGCGCGGGUGCUGCGUUCCCCGCACGUGUGCCUUCUGCAAUGCUGUGCAACAAGUAGGGGUGAAAAUCGGCAUUGCCCCGGUUUUCAGGUUCUAUCGCAUCUAUUUUUAUUCUACAUCCCGCUGUUAGUAGCCCAAACUACUUGGGUAUUAGUGCUCUACAGCACUAAGUAUGUGUAAGGAACAAGCUUCCUACUAAAAGCAAGCUGUUUGGGCUGGUCAAACGAUGCUUUUGAAUGCUGAUUUAGGAGGAAGUUAAGAAGUCUCCAUCCCAGUCCCAUAAAUGAAUGUAAGUGUCUUACAGAUCAGGUGAGUAUGACGCAUGCAACGAGGUUUUUUAAAUUAUUACAGCUUUUAGUGCAACAGUAUGAGAGUGUCACCUCCAGUAAGUUGUGUCAGUCUCCUGAAGAAAUCAGUUAUGAAAUUGUUCCAUGUAUCUCUGUGUAUGUCUUUUAGAAAACUUUUGAACCCAUUGGCUCAUUUCAGCCAGAUUUGAACUGCCUGUCUGAAAACUAAAAGAUGGGGAGAGGAGGAAAAUCUGAAAUCUGCACUCUGCUGCAAGAAAAGCGUGCAGAAAUUAGUCCUUAUUGAUUCUUUCUAGCAGUAUUUGUCAGGGCAAUUGGUAAAUGCAGCAUGGAUUAGAAACACGAGGAAAUCUGUCAGAUAUGGGAAGUGGAAAGGAACUGUGGAUAAUGUUGGUGGAUGGAGGAAGGGCACAAAAGAUACAAAGCUUGGUUUCUUACAGGUUUGCAACUUCAGCUUAUUGAUGGUUUGUUUUGUUUGGUGGUUGUUUGGGUUUUUGUUGGUUUUUUUUUUAAUGUCUUUUCUGUAGCAGGCUUGUGGGUUUUUAUUUGUUAGGGCUUUUUUUAAAAGAACAGAUCCCAACAGCUUCUUUGUAUUGACUUCUCUAUAAAUCAUACUUGGAAGAUCUUGAGGGUAAAAAUGAACGUAGGAGUUGCCCACAGCGAGGUAAAUCCAAACACGAGGGUGAUGAACAGUCGUGGAAUGUGGCUGACAUACGCGCUUGGAGUUGGCAUGCUGCACAUUGUCUUGCUCAGCAUUCCUUUCUUCAGUGUCCCUGUUGCCUGGACUUUAACAAAUGUGAUUCACAACCUGGGAAUGUAUGUGUUUUUGCAUGCAGUAAAGGGAACUCCAUUUGAAACACCUGAUCAGGGGAAAGCUAGGCUACUAACACACUGGGAACAACUGGAUUAUGGAGUACAAUUUACAUCUUCAAGAAAAUUCUUCACAAUCUCUCCUAUAAUUCUGUACUUCCUGGCGAGUUUCUACACGAAGUAUGAUCCAACACACUUUAUCCUCAACACAGCCUCUCUCCUGACCGUGCUUAUCCCGAAGCUGCCACAGUUGCAUGGCGUUCGAAUCUUUGGCAUCAAUAAAUACUGAGCAGAAGGUUUGGCACUGACCACCCCUGACAUGGCUACUGGUGCUCCCCAGGUGAAGGAAACGAGUAGUCUGCUGAGCUGUGUAUCUUACCGUAUUCAAUGAGAGAUGCUUCUACAUCUGAGAUACAAUUUCUACUGCCUGCAGCAUUGUCUGGGAUGCAAGUUGAGUUUAUAAGACGAUGCCUUCAAAUACUUAAAUGUGAAUCAGAAACCCCUAGAAGAAAGAUUUCCAUGAAGAACUGGGCAGGCCCAGAUCUAAAGCAUAAUUCUCAGUAAGACUCUAUGUGUGCCUGGCUGAUGCUGGUGACUUGCUAGGAAAGUGCAAGGAACAGCUGAAAUGGAGAGUAGUGUUUCAGAAAUGGAGAGUAAUGUCUCACAAAUACCCAGUCAACCGUAAUGGAAAUGGUAACUUUACAUAUAAAUCCAGGAUCCUCAAUGCCAAGGACUGGUGAGGCCACAUUCUUAGAUUUACUAGCUAGUUUCUGCUGUAUGGAUUGUAGGUGGUGGUGCUUGUCAUUGCAUUGUAAAAGUUUGUCUCACAGUAAAUACUGUGACAGCUAGCAUAAACUGAUAGUGUAAUUCAUGCCUUAUCUGUUCUCGUGAUUUUAUUUGUCACAAUGACUAAAGAAAGUCCUUAACUGUCAGCUCAGGGGAUUUCUACAUCAACUUGAUGGCUCCGUUUACGCUUUUACAACUUGCCACUGUUGUGAUGAUUUCCUUUUCCUUACCAGGAUACUGACUUUUCUAUGUGUUAAUUGGACAGCCUGAAAAAUUGAUAUUUCUUGUAGGAUUUAGAUUUUUUGACUAUUUUCUCUGAUACUUGACUGGUGGGUUAUUUUUCAGUAGCUGAGAGGCCUGCAGUUGUGGGGUGGGGAGGGAUCCUGCUGUUGUAGAAGCAGCUCCAUUGCAGAGCAGCAGUGUCAAGAGUAUGUAAGAGGAACUCUGUAGGUCCUAAGUUAGAACAGAAUCUGAACUACAAGUAGGUGAAUAGGCAAAUCACAUGGACUAACUGAAUGCUUUUGUAGAAAAAAAAGUACAGGUAAUUUGCAUGUCUUAGAAAUGUGGAGGAAUGCUGUGUUGUAGGGGUACUGAGUAAUCUUGUAUAUAAUCAACACUGGAACUAGGGUGACGGAGGUACAUCUAGAGCUCUGAGCACUUACUACUGUAUCUUGGAAAAAGGAUGAAUUUUGAAGUCUACCAUAUGUCUGACAGGCAAAACUGGCUCAGAUGUAACAGAAGACUCCCAUUUCAGACUUGAUUUACAUUUCAGUUGCAGUGACAGCCAGUGAGCUGGGGAAAAAAAAGAAAGGUAGAUGCUCACAGUGGUGUGUUUUCUCUUGUGCUGAGAGAAUUUUCUGCCUCUUUAUUUUAUUGAUAAAGAUGCCGUUUAAAAAAACCAAAA